AGCGUGCAACUUGCCGAGUCGUGAACGAGAUUUAGUCAGUCAUCGCUUAGCCGCCGUGUGUGACAGACCAGAGAGUACGUGGUCUUGCGUGGAUUUCGAGUGUAAAGAUUUAAAGCCGAUUGAAGAUUUGAGUGCAUUCCAUUAACUAACACAGAAAUAAAGUGCCGCCCGACACGCAUUACAAGUGCGAGCAGUGCUCGUAUGCACAAGUGUGUGCACGAAGAGGCAUCUAAGAAUAACAAAGAAGACAAGUGGAGGGAGGAUAAAAACAGCAACGGUUACGGUUACGGCUACGAAUACGGAUGUAAAGUGCCACAGCAAACAUACAGUCAGAGAGGAAAAAGCAAACACAGCUGAAGGUUGUGCCCCUCGAAAUUGAUCCUGCACUGUGCAUCGUGUACGUGAGUGUCUCUGUGGAAGAAAUGUUGCAAAAAGCGAAAAGUAAUGUGCUGCAACUAAAGUGAAAUGCUAGCCGGUAAAUGCGUUAAAAGUGAAAUUCUUACUGGGAUUAUUAGAAGCGACAGUCAAGGAGUACAAAGGAGGAGCAACAGCAGCAGCAGCAGCAACAGCAUGACAAACGGCAAUUCCUUAGGACUCCGUCUACUGCUCUGGAGCAACAUUUUCGGAUUACUACUCAGCCGGAGUCAGGCUUUGCCCUUCGAGUAUUUAGAUGAGCCGAGCGACGACUUCAACUAUGACCUGGACACGGCCCAAUCCCAAGCGAAAUACGACGCGCAUCUGCUCUCGCAGCAAAUUCUCAGCGAUGCUGAGCUGCUACAGCAAACAGCAGGCACUGGAACCGCCACCCACACGUUGAGAGCUCAGAGCUCAGGGCUUGCCACCGGCUCAGUUGAGGAUUUGGAGCCGCACAGCCGUGCCGCUGCCUGCAACAGCAAUGGCCACAAGUACACGCAUGGACAAAAGGUGCCUCGGGAGGAUGCCUGCGAGGUCUGCCUCUGCAUGGAUGGCGAGAUCUUCUGCUGGUGGGAGCGUUGCGAUAGGGCAAAUGCAAAUAAGGUGAAGGAAGCAACGGCCGCAGCAAGCAGCGACAAUGAGAAAGCCAAAGGCGCUGGCUUCGAUGCUGGUGUUGUCCCUGCUGUUGGUGACUAUUCCGAUCCAUACCGCCAUGAGAGCAGCACGAGAAAGUCAACAAAAGUGCACAAAAUGGCGGGAAAAGUUGGCAAGCGGCGCAAGCAUCGCGCAAGAAAUCAAAAGAAUUUUAAUGACUAUGAAGUUUAUGAGAGCCACAAGCAGCAGGCAAAGGAUUAUAAAAAGUCUGGCAUAAAGCAGGAGGAGGAGCAGCAGCAGCAGCAGCAGCAGCUACAAAAACAAAAGACUGGCGCUGCCAGCAACUACAAUAUAAUGAAGCAACACAAACACGAGCAGCAGCAGCAGAAGUUGGAGGAGGAACAGCAUCAAGAGGAGGAGCAACAUCAGGGGCAGGACCAGGGGCAGCAGCAUGCCCAUAAUCUCGUGGCUUUGUCAGUUAAUCAAGCGGCAGCCAAGGAUAUGCAUUAUCCACAACCAGCAACAACCAACACGCCCACGCAGCAACAACAGCCGGAACAUCCACACCACACCCAUCCACAUCGUCCACCCGCGCACUCGUCCAGCAAGAUCUUAAAUUUUCCCGAAAACUUGCCGGCGUUACUUUAUUACGACUACAAAACGGAGGAGCAUGAACAUCAUCAGCAUCAGCAUCAUCAGCAGCACUUGCUGCACGAAAAGCAACGCUUGCAACAUCAACAAGAGGCGUUGGCACGACAAAAGUCACUGCCAGUAGGGGCAGGGACAGAGACAGAGACAACGGCAGUGGCAGUGGCAGUGGCAGGCGUUGAACUCCAUACCGACUUGGGCGUUGAUAAAAACUUUGAUGAGGCGGAAACCGACAGCGAUAUUUUGCCAGAGCCGCCAACAAAGCGACCCAAGGAGGCAGACACACAAUGGACAACGAGUAGCAGCUCCAGCUCCAGCUCCAGCUCCAGCUCCAGCUCCACGACCAAGGCGUUGAUGACAUCCACAACGGCGAGGACACCAACCACGACAGCGACGACAAGAACAAAUGACUGGGCCACGAGCAGACUGUCUAAGGACACAGCUGCAGCCCCAAAUCCUGGUAGAAAUGCUGGCCAGGAGCUGGACGAUGCAUUUCAUCGUUGGCUGACAUCGACCGAGCUGAAUGCUGACAGCACAAACACGCCGGACGAUGCCUCGGAGCAGGAAACGGCAGCAUCGACAAUAAUCGAUGAUGUUGCCAUCAGAAACAAGAGUGACAGCGCCAACAGGGCUGCCAGUAGGGGGAGUGGCAACAGCAAAGACAAUGCCAGAACCAGCAGCAACAACAGCAACAACAACGUGGCCGAUGCUGUCUUCUUCCGCAGUUCGUACAAUGAUUACAGCAGCGAAUUCAAUGGGAGCGUUGUCAACAUUGACAUUACACUAACUGCAGUUGAUGUGCAUCCACGACAGCAGCAGGAACAGCAGCAAACGGAUUUAAUUGCAAAUGGAAACAGCACGGCGGUGGCAAUGCCCGAAACAACAGCAGGCGACGGAACGGCGACAACAAUGGGCCCGCAGGCGAAUGACAAGGGGAGCCCCACAAGCAGCAGCCGCACCAACAAUCAGGAUCAACAUCAGGCGAGUGCCAGCAGCAGCAGAAGCAGCAGCAGGAGCCCAGUGGUGCCACCGUAUACGCUGACAACGAUAAUAACAACAACGCCGGCGCCGUCACCAGAGCGUAUGUGUAAUGUUUUGGGCAAACUAUAUAAAAUUGGCGACAUUCUGCCGCAGGAUACGGGCAACUGUCUGCAGUGCAUUUGCACGGAUGCGGUGACGCCCGAUGAGAUGCCAAGCGUCACCUGCAGCCCACACAAUUGUCCGCCUUUGGUGCUGCCGGAUCUAUUCGAUGCGACUGGUUACUGAGGUUACGGUCUGGUGCUGUAAGCUUCCGGUUCACCGGGGAAAUGGCAGCAAUAACGGGAAUAACGAUUGAGGCAAAUACCCUAAAAUUCGAUUGAACAAAACCGUAAAUUUCUACUAAUAAAAACCGUUGAAUUCGAUCGAUAAAAACAGUGAAAAUUCGAUUGAUCAGAACCGUAAACUUCAAUUGAUCAAAAGCCAAAUUAUCGUAAGAAAUUCGAUUGUAAAAGAGAAAGUAGCGUAGCAGUUCUGCAGUCGAAAAGUCUCUCAAACUAAACUCAAGCAUAUAAAAUGUAUGGAUUUCAAUGUAAAGCCCUCCCUAAACACGAGAGUUGCUCCACAGGCGCUCUCUCGAACUAUAACACAUAAACAUAUAUCUAAAUGAAACGAUUAUAUAUCAAACGAUCAACCAAAAGAGAGAGAGAGAGAGAGAUAGAGAGAUCCAUCGGGAUGUAGUUUAGUUUGUAAGCUGAAUAUUUAUGCAUUUUAUAAGAAUGCGAAGUAUCUCUCUCCACCCUUAAACAGAUCAAAACACCAAACCUACCAACCCAACCAUUGAUGUAUACAGCAGUAGAAAUUUUAAAGAAUUUAUAGAUGUACUUUCAGCAGAAAUAUAUACACCACAUACUAUACAUACUAUAUAUGAAGCUAUAACUAUACGUAUCUACACCUAUAUCUAUCUACAUAUGUAUAACUACAUGCAUGUCUGUCUGUUACGAACUUUGCACACAAACAAGCAAAACAUUUCAUUUCAGGACUGAAACAAUGGAAGUGCAUGGAUUUUUUAACAUAUAACAUUUAAAGCUGGAAGGCAACUAAAAAACAACUCAAAAUCUAUAACGAACACAAAAACCCACAACUGAGGCAACUAUAAAAAUCUCUAACGAAAAAAACUGAACAAUGACAAAUAAUGAAUUGUGUGUAAUAUUUUAAUUGAAAUGUUAAACAACAAAAAUCUGCACAUUGUAUAACUUAUUUGCAUGCGAGUUUCGGUUUGGUUACUUUUUUCAGCAGCUUCCUUUAGGCAUUUAAAUUUAUAUAUACGUAAAGGGGAAAAGCGAAAACCACAAAGUAAAUAUGGAAAUUGUUUUAACACAGCUGAAACGAGCGUAAAGAACGACACCAUAUCGAGAGUAAAACUAAAAACAAAAAGAAAGCCAAAAUAGAUGUAUGCAUGUGCGAAAUAUAUAUACGAAUUAUAUGUACGAUUAAAUAUAUUCAUGUGUGAGUGAAUGCGAAUUUGUAAACAUGUUUUUUCGUUUCACAUUCAUUUCAAAGCAAUUUUAGGCGUGAUAACCAACGAAUCGUUUAGUUCGAAGCGAGAGUUAAAUUAAGUGAGCGAAAAACUAUACUUAAAAAGUAGUGAGCAAAAUAAAUUGGGAAUAGGAAUAAAGAGCGAAUCGAAUAUAAAUAAAAUGCGAUCUUUGAAUAUAAAUUAAGUGCGAGUCAAGGGCAAACGCUCGACCAGCUCAAGACCUUGGAAAUAUCUGAAAAAUCAAACUGCAAAUCAAAUUAAAAAUA